ACUCUGUCAGGGGCAGAAACAAGAUGGUCGCUCACAAGUCUCGCGAGAAGAGAACAUCGUGCCCUUUUCAUCAACUUCCGGUCUUUUUUUUUUUUUUUUUUUUUUGCGAUAAGAAGCACAGGGCACUGAGAGCCCGCGGCAAGAGGUUGCUCGCUGGAAAGCGGAAUGGAAUCGUAGAAGCAAUUCUCGCGAGAUGUAGAGAGGCUGUAGCCUGGCCAGAGGGGCGGAGGCCUAUAACGGGGCCACGUGGUGGCUCGCGGAGCUGAGUCUCCGGCGGGCGUCCAGUUUGGGUCUAGGUUGGAGUCGGAAUCGUGGAGAUGCGGAAGGAAACCCCGCCCCCGCUAGUGCCCCCGGAGGCCCGGGAGUGGAACCUUCCCCCUAAUGCACCAGCUUGUAUGGAGCGGCAAUUGGAGGCUGCGCGGUACCGGUCGGAUGGGGCGCUUCUGCUCGGGGCUUCUAGCCUGAGUGGCCGCUGCUGGGCUGGCUCCCUCUGGCUUUUCAAGGACCCUUGUGCCGCCCCCAACGAAGGUUUCUGCUCCGCUGGAGUCCAGACGGAGGCCGGAGUGGCUGACCUCACUUGGGUAGGGGACAGAGGUAUCCUAGUGGCUUCCGAUUCAGGUGCUGUUGAAUUGUGGGAGCUGGAUGAGAAUGAGACACUAAUUGUCAGCAAGUUCUGCAAGUAUGAGCACGAUGACAUUGUGUCUACAGUCAGUGUCCUAAGCUCUGGCAUGCAAGCUGUCAGUGGUAGCAAAGACUUCUGCAUCAAAGUUUGGGACCUUGCUCAGCAGAUGAUUCUGAACUCAUACCGAGCUCACUCUGGGCAGGUCACCUGUGUUGCUGCCUCUCCCCACAAGGAUUCUGUGUUUCUUUCAUGUGGUGAGGACAAUAGGAUUUUACUGUGGGAUACCCGCUGUCCCAAGCCAGCAUCACAGAUGGGUGAGUCUGAGAGCCAGUGGUGGGAGAGUGAUACUAGGAACCCACCUGGAAGAGGCUUUCCUUGGCCAGAGUCAGAGGCAAAACUGCCAGAUGCCCAGUCACUGACACAAAUGACACAAUUGCUUUCUUUCCCACUGAGGCACAUUGUGUGCAGUGGGUUCCAAGAGGAAGGGCUAGUUACUGGGUGGGUCCCUUACAUUUCCUGGAUGGGCGAACAAAGGGGUCAGAGCUGUUAUCUUCACGCUUUGUUUUGAAACUUGCCCGUGAUUCACGUCUGGAAAGGGCAGGAGGCUGAUGGGUAGAUGUAGGUUGUGAGGGUCAAGGAUGA